CGCAUGCGCACAUUGACCGAGACACCCAAAGAAUUUGGCAUAAAAUAUUUAGAAUUUUAAUGAAAAUAGGAAGCGUUUCUUCACACCAGUGCAUUCUUAGAAUUAGCCCCACGGUAAAAUACACUAUGACCUGAGAGGCUGCAAAAAAAACUGAAGCGAUCGAGGCAGUAAACGUACAAAAUGGCGACGGAAAAUGAACUCGAAUUGACAGGUAUAAGACAGAUGAAAACCCAAGUCUCUGAGGGUGGUCAGUCAGAAACAGAACAUGGCAGCAAGACAGCGGGAACCGGAGCUGUACCGAAGGAACGUGAAAGGAAGAUCGGACAUAGAAGAGUGGACGAGAAGACAGGAACUGUCACAUAUAAAAAGAAACCAACCAGUGAGUUGAUGGCCGCCAUACAGUUAGGAAUCGGACAAAGUGUGGGUGGUUUGUCAUCUAAACCAGAGAGAGAUCUUCUAAUGCAAGAUUUUGGCGUCGUUCAGAGUGUUUUCUUUCCCAGUGAAGGCAGCAACAUGACGCCAGCCCAUCAUUAUAGUGAUUUUCGUUUUAAGACGUAUGCUCCCAUGGCUUUUCGUUACUUUCGUGAACUGUUCAACAUUCGUCCCGAUGAUUUUAUGUUAUCCCUGUGUGAUGACUCUCUCACAGAGUUAUCUAAUCCUGGUGCUGGAGGCAGUAUAUUCUAUAUCAGUGAAGAUGAUGAAUUUAUUAUCAAAACUGCACAACACAAGGAGGCCAACUUUCUCCAGAAAUUACUGCCUGGUUAUUACAUGAAUUUGAAUCAAAAUCAAAGGACGCUUCUACCAAAAUUCUACGGGUUAUACUGUUAUCAGUGUGGUGGUAAAAAUAUCCGCUUUGUAGUCAUGAACAACAUUCUACCUUCUGUCGUGAAAAUGCACGAGAAAUAUGACCUGAAAGGCAGUACGCACAAAAGAAAGGCGUCGAAAAGUGAGCGGGCGAAAAGUUCUCCGACCCUAAAGGAUCUGGACUUCAAUGAGAUACACCCAGAAGGUCUAAUGUUAGAGAAGGACACAUACGAGGCAUUAAUAAGAACUAUACAGCGGGACUGUAGAGUUUUAGAAAGUUUUAAAAUCAUGGAUUAUAGUUUAUUGGUAGGAAUCCACAAUCUAGAUAUAGCUAAAAAAGAAAAGAGAACAACAGAUUCCGCGAGAUGUAAUGAAUCUUCUACGGGUACCAGCAGCGGAUUAAGUAGUUCACAGGGAACCAGUUACUCGGAGACUCCAGAUGUUGGUCUGGCGCGAGGGAAGUCAAUGAGAACCAAGGUGACACAGUAUUCCACACCAAUGGAAUCUAUACAGGCAGAAGUACGUGAUAUGUUAGAGGAGUUUGAUGAUGAUGACAUUCCACCCGGAGGUAUCCCGGCUAAGAACGCGAAGGGUGACAGACUUUUACUCUACCUCGGUAUUAUAGAUAUUCUCCAGUGUUAUAGGUUCAGGAAGAAGUUUGAACAUACAUUCAAAUCCAUGAUUGCUGAUGGGGACACUAUAUCAGUGACAAGGCCUAGUUUUUAUGCAGAACGAUUCCAGAAAUUCUUCACAAACACAGUGUUCAAAAAGGCACCAUCACUGGAGCAGCCCACUUUCAAAGCGACCCAACGAUUUCGGAAACUUGUUGGACUAGGUGGUCACACGUGGAUGGGGAUAGGCGAUUUUAAAGGUUCUAACGCAUUAAAGCAUUCUCCCUCUAAAAGAAAACCCGGUGAACGUGGUCCAAGGUCAUCUAGUAUGAACGAGGAUAGAGAACAUAUUCCAGGUACUAUGGGUGCUAGACCAGAUUUGUUGAUGGGCAGCGCUACUCCCCCGCCCUCAUUUUCAGAAGCUACGAAACCUCCUGAUAGAGCAACCACUGCCCCAUUACCUGUAAUAAGAUCGUCAGAGGAAUUACAAAGAUCUGAUCGUUCAUAUUUCCAAACAAUCUCACAACAAGAGGAGACAACUCUGUCACGAGGUUCAAGUAGCACGAAGGUCCGACACUCACCCCUCAGUGUGUCCGAGUCCACUCCAACUUACACAGAAUUUACAGAGGGUACGCCAAGUUAUACGCCCUCAAGUCCCUCAUGUAGCAGUGAAGUUCUUGGUAAGUGGAAAUGUUGCUCGUUGGUAAGACCAAAUUUUGCUCAUUUGUAA